UUUCUGUUGGUGAGGAGCGUGGUGGUAUUUCGCUGCCCUAAAUUUUAGUGAUAUAUCUUUCGCAAAAUCUGUAACAAUAAAUUGUCAUUCAAAAACAAGAACCACAUUUACUAACCCAUCCACUGGUACAACAAAUAAGCGCACUAUUAUGAAUUCGGAUGAUUAUGAAACACUUCCCACAGACAAUGUUGUUACGCAUAUGAUAGCCGGAUGCAUCGCGGGGGUUAUGGAACAUUGCGUAAUGUACCCUCUCGAUUCCGUCAAGACGAGGAUGCAAUCUUUGACAACCUCCGGGUCUGAGGGAAUUGGAGAAACUUUCCUAAGGAUGGUACGACACGAGGGCCUCCUGAGGCCUGUUCGAGGGAUGUCUGCCAUGGUUGUGGGGGCCGGUCCCUCACACGCUUUAUAUUUCAGUAGUUACGAAUACCUCAAGAACACUUUGACACAGUAUACGAACUCGCAAAGGUACCACACAUUAAUUUAUGGUGCAUCUGGGUGUGUAGCCACUUUAAUCCACGACGGUUUCAUGAAUCCAGCAGAAGUCGUGAAACAACGAAUGCAAAUGAUAAACUCACCCUACAAAUCGGUGCUUCAGUGCAUAUCAUACAUAUACCGAAGCGAGGGACUCGGGGCCUUCUACCGGUCGUACACUACCCAGCUGACGAUGAACGUGCCCUUUCAGAGCAUCCACUUCAUGGUCUACGAGUUCUCCCAGAAGAUGAUCAACGAGAAGGGGGUCUACAACCCUCCCGCCCACAUGUUCAGCGGGGCGCUAGCGGGCGGCAUAGCCGCCGCCAUCACGACGCCCCUCGACGUCUGCAAGACCUUACUGAAUACUCAACAAGCAGGGAAUACGACGGGACUGGUCGAGGCGAUGAAGACGAUAUAUAGGUUGAGGGGCACUGCGGGCUAUUUUAGAGGGAUGAAAGCUCGAGUCAUGUACCAGAUGCCAUCGACGGCGAUAUGUUGGUCGACGUACGAGUUCUUCAAAUACCUCCUCGGAACGAAGACGGAGAUCAGGAUCGUGCCGGCCCCCGGCACCGUUCUGGCCGAGGAGAAGGAGAGCAAGUCGGAGCUGACGCCGAACGAAGUCCACGUCGAGAAGUACAAUUUAAAAUCUAGAGAGCUGCCGGCCAUGUCCGGGGCCGGCCUGUACGGUUCGAUAUCGUUCAACACAAUGCACAAGGCCGAUUACCGGCAGAAAGACUCAAUUCUAGACAUUGCCCAUACCUAGUUAACCACCAGUGUAAAAAUUGUAAUAAUGUAAGUAUUAUUUUACCAGUCGAGUUGAACAUUUUUUUAUUUCCUUGGAAAUUGUGUACAGAUUGUAAUAUAAAGUGCUGCGCAUUCGGCUUACCAGGGGUAAAGAGUACGACACGUAGGCUAGGUGAGCUUAGGUCUUAAGUUGAAAGUGAUUAUAGGUUUAUAGAAUCUUGUAGAUUUAUUUUGCUGGUAAGUUGAUGAAGCAAGAACAUUUGACAAUAUCGAGCUCGUUUCGAGAAGGAAGGAACAUAAACGAUGUCUGUUUGAAAAAAAAUCGUACCGUAACUCAUCCGAUCAUGACUCGCGUAGAACAACCUUUUUUCCCCCCCAUCCCAAACGAAGAGAACAAACUUUUCCAAGCACUUGCAUUUUAUAUUUUAAUUUUCCGAGCCCAUCGAAGGUUGUCGCAUUCAAACUUACCCAAUAUUGAUUUUACAUGUAAAAAUAAGGUUCUUGUAUCGAUCUAUUCGUUAUUGCAGAAUGUCGUUUCCCUUCGAGUUUAUUUUUAAAACAACAAAAUUGAAAAUGAUCACCGAUAUCUUCUAAGUAAAAACCCAAAUCUUUUUUUUUGAGGUGCACUGUUAAAGAAAAUUUAAGAAAUAAUGGCCUUCUUGAUUGCUUGUUCAAUUAAUUAUGAUGAUCCGAUUCUUAAUUCUUGGCCAGCUACGAUUUUUGUACAGGCGAUUUUUUGGAAAAUCAUGUUCUUUUUUUUUUUAUUAAAAAUUCAGUUUAAAAAUUCUAUUUUACAAAACUGUAGAAAACCCAUACAUUUUUAUUCUUUAGUAAAUUUAUUUCAUGAAAUUUGAUUAAAAAUUCAAGUUCGAAUCGUGAAAAUUUAAGUUUUAGCUUGAUAUUUUGUGUUUGAAUUGGAAGUUUUGGUUGGGUUAUUACAAGUUUGAAUUCGAAAUUUUGAGUUUAAAACAUGAGAAUUCGACUUCGAACUCGAUAUUUAUAGUAUCAGAUUCAAAAAUUCAAACUCGAAACUUCAAGUUCAAAUCUGGAGUUUCAAGUUCAUAUCCAAAUUUUCAAGUACAAGCUCAAAAUUUCAAAUACAAACCUGGAAUUUCAAGUUCGAACUAAAAAUUUUGACCGUCAUCUCAAAAUUUUGAUUCAAGUAUAAGCUCGAAAUUUCAGAUAUAAAUCCGAAAUAUCAAGUUCAAACUCACAAUUUUGAAGUUUGGGUUUGAACUUGAAAUUCUGGGCUUGUACUUGGAAUUUUGACUGUGAUCUCAAAAUUUUGAUUAAGUACAAGCUCGAAAUUUCAAACACAAAUCCAAAAUAUCAAGUUCAAACUCACAAUUUUGAAGUUUGGGUUUGAACUUGAAAUUCUGGGUUUGUACUUGGAAUUUUGACUGUGAUCUUGAAAUUUUGAUUCAAGAACAAGCUCGAAAUUUUUAGUACAAACCCGGAAUAUCAAGUUCAAACUCAACAUUUUGAAGUUUGGGUUUGAACUUCAAAAUGUUUGAAAUUCUGGGUGUGUAUUUGGAAUUUUGGCUCUGACCUCGAAAUUUUGAAACUAAAACAUGAAAUUUUAACUUCAAACUAGAAAUAUCAAGUUAAAAUUCGAAAUUUCAUGUCUUAAUCUCAAAAUUUGAAGUAAAAAUCCAGAAUUUCAGGUUCAAACUCAAAAUUUCAAGUUGGAACCCAAGAUCCUGAAAUGUGUGUUCAAACUUGAAAGUUUGAGUUUGAAGCAUCAAAUUUUUAAUCUGAAACGUGAAAAUUUUAAUUCAUACUCCAUAUUUCUUGCUUCAGACUAAAAAUUUCAAGUUGAAAUUUUAAAUUUGAACUUGAGAGUUUGGGUUUGUACUUGAAAUUUUGAGCGUGAACUUGAAAUUUUGCGUCUGAAACUGGAAAAUAUAACUUAAAACUCAAUAUAUCAAGUUUAAAUUCGAAAUUUGAUGUUCUAAACUUCAAGUUCAAACCCAAAAUCAUGAAAUUUGAGCUUGAACUUGAAAUUAUGAGGUUGAAAUAUGAUAUUUCCCACCAACUUGAAAAUUUUAGUUUAUACUCGAUAUUUCUUGUUUCGGACUAAAAAUUUCAAGCUGAAAUUUUAAGUUUGAACUUGAUAAAGCGGGUUUGGUUUGUACUUGAAAUUUUGAGUGCGAAUUUGAAAUUUUGCGUCUGAAGCUGGAAAAUUUAACUUAAAACUUAAAAUAUCAAGUUCAUAUUCAAAAUUACAUGUUUUAACUUGAAAUUUCAAAUACAAGCAAGGAAUUUCAAGUUCAAACAUGAAAUUUCAAGUUCAAAUCCGAAAUCUCGCUUGACCUUGAAAUUUUGAGAUUGAAACAUAUUUUCCACUGGAAACUUGAAUUUUUUAGUUCAAUUUAAAAAUUCUUGUUUCACAAGGUCAAACUGCUGUGCCCACAAGCGGAACUAUUAUUUACUAAUUACAACGAAAGAUAUUAGUAAUUGGCUAAUUUUUUGUUAUCUUCAAAAAUGGCCAUGAAUUACGAGCUAGAUCAUUGUUAUUGGUUCAUUACAAUACAAGAAGGGCACUGUACACUAAAAAAAAAAAAAAAUAAUUUGCAGCAAGUGUCCCAAAAAAAUUAUGAAACGUGUCCCGGUCCUUAAUGAGCCGCAUCGUAUGUUUACAAUGAUAUUCGGAUAUUUUUAUAGUAUAUUAACAAUAUUUGCAUGGAGAACCUCAACUUUCACGUUCCGUUGUACGGAUAUACAAGACCCCGUUUGUUUUGUUGCAUUUUGUUUAUGUUUGGCUGACUAAAAUCUGAAUAAACGGUAAUGGUGCUCUUAGCGUUACACCAGCAUAUUAAUUUCGACUCUUGGCUACUAUUAUUUAUUUAUAUCUGCCGAUAAGAUAACGAUAUACCUUAGCGGUAUGUUAAUUUUACAUCAAAUGUAAUGUUACAUUGUCGAUUUGUCUAUCGAUCAAAAUUGUUAUACACGUCGGGAGGGAUGCGACGAAAUCCUUUGGCUAGUUUUAAUUUUUUAAGCACGUUGGAGUUUUAAGACCUAAAAUUUUUUCGCAUUCUUCCCGUCGAAGAGAUUCUUCUGUUACGAACCGUUGGAAAUUUUUUUUAAGUGUGCGUGACAGUAAUUUAUUUAUUUAAACCCUAUGGGUGACCUGGAAUACUAUGUUAUAUGAUAGCCAUUACUUCCACUGAGUACUAUUAUUAAAAAGGCGUUGUGAUGUUGACGAUAACAGUUAUGUACUUGUAUAUAGAAAUGAACCAACCUAAUGGAUUUUUUUUAGAGCUUUGCCUAUGAAUCGCUGUUCUUUAUAAAUAUAUAGGUUUAGUUUAUUUUUCUAAUCGAAUCGACGUUACAAUAAUUACGACGAUUUAACAGAGCACUAAUCAGAUAUCCAGAGUGUUGCAAAUACUUUUAUGUAAACAAUCGGUUUUAUCAGUUGUAAUUAUUUGUCGUGUCGUUACUCAACACAAUGGCAGUUAUCUGGAUUUAUCUAGCGAGGCGACUCGAAAAUUCCUCAUUUCGGCGUUGCCAAACCGUUUUUUAUGCACCGUUCGUAAUUAUUGUAGUCGCCCAUUUAAGUGUUGUCGCGCAGAAUGCACACUUUUUCUGUUUGAACCCACCCGUUAAUAGAGGCAAAUGUGAUACCGAUUCAACGUUUUCAAAUUCUGUGCAUUUUGCGGGUUUAUCUAAAUUGUCAAUUGAACGAAAAUAGAAAAAGAGCCAAGGUGUGGUGCCGUGAAAACGUAUAUUUUUUCAAUUCGUUCUUGCUCUUAUGUAUUGUCAUCACUGGUGACGCUGUUCAACUGUGAUAAAGUCCUUAUCAACUUUUUACGUAUGAUAUUGACUUCGUUCAGAUGGGAGUACUAUCAUAUCUAUAUAUAUAUUUUUGUUAUGUAGAAGGGCGCAUCCGAUGGGCCCUUUCUAUUUUUUGUGAUAAGGGACCUUGUCACCAUUUGUAUGUAGGUGUUUUAGUGUCAUAUAUUUUUUUGUUUUAUAAAUACAAAAUUUGUAAAAAACAAUAUUAAAUAUAAUUAAUGUUACAUA